AUAGUUCAAUGAACAAAUCCACAAUUCUCUCUUCUACCCUUCCACCAAACCCACAAAGAGAAGACUUAUGAUGCUAUGACUUCUCUUUACAUAGCCUAAUAAGUCUUGCAUUCCCAGCCAUUACAUUGUCUUCUUCUUUCACAAACAAUUGGCUUUGGCCUUCAAGAACUCAGAACUGAACAGCAUAUGGCAGCUUAUGCUGCUGUGACUUCUCUUUUGCAAAGCCUAGAUCAACUCUCACAAACUGAUCAUUCAUCAUAUUCUGUUCUUUACAAAAAAGAUCAAACUGAAGUCCUCAGUGAGAAGUACACCUUCCUUAAAGCCUUUCUUGAGGAUUUUACAAAUGUUUUCCAUGAAGAUAUAAAGAUGAAACAUCUAGAAAGGAUGAUCCAAGAAGCUGCUCAUGGAGUGGAAGAUACAAUUGACUCACAUGUAUAUGAUAGCCUUGUUUUUCUACAAAGCAGGCGAGAACGAAGAAAGGCUAAUACUAUCUUCCAUAAAAACUUGGAAUAUGCAAUUGAAGAAAUUGGUUUGAUUCAAAGAGAGGUUACGAAAAAGAUUAAGUUCAGCAGGUUCAACAGCAAAAUCUCACAUUCAAGAGAUACUUCAUCGCAAUUCCCUUUGGAUCAAAAAGAUAUGAUCGUUGGACUAGAUGAAGACUUACUAAAGAUUAAAGAUCGACUCAUCGUGCAAUCAUCAAGACUCGAAGUAGUUCCCAUUGUAGGGAUGGGUGGUAUUGGCAAGACCACAUUGGCUAGAAGAGUUUAUGAUGAUUCUUUGAUUACAUAUCAUUUUUAUGUUCGAGCAUGGAUAAGUGUAUCUCAAGAAUUUGACAGGAGAGAUAUUUUUCUUGGUAUUCUUCAAUCAAUUAGCACAGUCAACGAUGAAGUAGAAAGAAACAGUACUACUGAGCAAUUGGCUGAAAGAGUUUAUCGAAGUUUAAAAGGGAGGAAGUAUCUUAUUCUCCUAGAUGAUAUGUGGUCUAUCGAGCCUUGGCAGCAUGUAAGGAGAUCUUUCCCAGAUGAUCAUAAUGGAAGCCGAAUCGUGUUGACCACGAGGCUUGUAGAUGUUGCCUCUUCUGCUAGCUCAGCCAAUUCCCUUCACCAGAUGCGUUUUCUGAGCAUGGAGGAAAGCUGGACUCUUUUACGCGAUAAGGUCUUUGGGAACGACAGCUACCCUCCGGAAUUGGAGAAAAUUGGCAGGUACAUUGGCCAUCAGUGUCAAGGGUUGCCACUUGCAGUUGUUGCAAUUGGUGGGCUACUUUCCAAAAUGCGCAAGGAAACAAGUUCUUGGGAGAAUGUUGCAGAAAAGGUAGGAUCACUUAUGACCAGUGACAGUAUGGAUUGCUUGAGCAUACUUUCUUUAAGCUACAACCACUUGCCUCCAUACUUGAAACCAUGCUUCCUUUAUAUAGGAGUUUUUGCAGAAACGCGUGAGAUCCCUGUCUGGAAGUUAAUAAAGUUAUGGAUUGCUGAGGGCUUCAUCAAGAAAGUUAAGCAUAAGAAUCUAGAAGGUGUGGCGGAGGAAACUUUGAGGGAGUUAGUUGAUAGAAGUUUGGUUUUAGUGGGGAAACAUAGCUCCGUAGGAAAAAUCAAGACUUGUAAGAUGCAUGAUCUCGUUCGAGAUAUGUGCUUGAGAGAAGCCCAAUCUGAGAACUUCAUACACUUCAAAACGAGGUAUGGCCACGAUAGUCUUCUAGAAAACAUUGAUUGUCUGCGCCGUGUAGUUGAUUUCAAUAAGUAUACACACAGUGGACUUUCUGAAUUUAUGCCACUCACACGUACUGUUUUCUUCAAAUAUCCAUACAAUUUAUUAUGUUUACCCUUGCAAUCAAGCUUUAGAUUACUUAGGAUAUUAGAUGUUUGCUUUACUACUUCUAUUUUCUAUAGUUCUGAGUCCAUAUCAGAACUUGUUCAUUUGAGGUAUUUUGCUUGUCCAUCCUACGAUGGCCUUGUACAAUCAAUAUGCAAUCUUCCUAAUAUACAAACCAUAGUUAUUCAUGAUAAAAGUCCACGUGAUAUGUUUAUAAGAACUCAUCCCUUAGCAUGGGAAGUUUUGGAUAUGCCUCAACUAAGACAUAUCCAUAACAAAAACUUUAGUCUUCUCAUACCCCAACCUACAUCACUAUUUGCUGAGAGGGAGAAUCACUUACAAACGCUAACCGGAUUGAUGCCCUCAUCUUGUAAUGUUGAAGUGUUCCAAAGAAUUCCAAAUUUGAAAAAGCUGGGAAUUUUAAAUGUUGAUUCAGUUGCUACUAGUGAGAAGUGUUCUUGUCUUGAUAAUCUUGUGCAUUUAACUCAGCUCGAGAAGCUCAAAGUUGAGUUCAGAAAGGAUUAUAUGCAUCAUCAUACAUUAUGGAGGACGGCAGAUCGGGUGUACAUCCCUAGGCUACACAUUCCACAUUAUGACAAUUUCCCACCAAAACUUAAGAAGUUAACAUUGUGCAAAACACACCUACAAUGGGAAGAGAUGAACUUCCUUAGAAAAUUACCUAAUCUUGAGGUGCUCAAACUUAAAGAUCGUGCCUUUCAUGGAGAAAUUUGGAGACUAAGCGAAGAAGACGAAGAGGGAUUCUUUCGACUAAAGUUUUUACUUCUUGAGAGCAUGUAUCUAGAGCAAUGGGAAGCAACAAGUUAUCAUUUUCCAAGCCUUGAGCACUUAGUCCUAACAGAUUGCUAUUCGUUGGAGCAAAUUCCUUUCGACUUUGCUGAUAUUCAGACACUACAGCUGAUUGAACUACACAAAUGUAUGCAUUCAGUUCUUGUUUCAGCAGAGCAAAUACAAGAGGAGCAGCAAAGCUUGGGAAAUGACGACCUUGUUAUUCGUGUCAACUAUAUACAUAAAAAGAUUACUUGAUGGAGCGUACCAUAAUGUAUAUUCAAGCAAAAAUAAGAAGGAUCAUUCUUUGCAGAAGAUGAUCUUUCUUGUCUGUGUAUUUCGAUUUCCUUUAGUUAGUGAAAUUUUCCGAUUCCAACUUGUUUGAGACUGACAGAAGACAAACAUGCCACAUCAGUCUAACAGGAACAAUCAUCGCUUCAACAAUCAACAAUGGAACCAAUCUGCUCCUCGACAGUCCAGCUCCUAACGAUCAGCAAAAUUGGAGAUCAAACUCGAGACAAUCUGUUAGAUGCCAGUUGUGCCAAAAAUUUGGUCACUCUGCAGAUGUAUGUCGUUCCAGCUCGCACAAUCAUUUUGAAGCUAAGGCCAACUUUGCCUCUAGUUUGCAGUCAGCAGAAAGCUCUUGGGUCCUGGAUUCAGGUGCAACUCAUCAUGUCACGGCUGAACCUCACAAUCUUGAAGAGUAUACAGGCAAUGAGGGAAUAUCUACGGGUGACGGACCUGCAUACUCAGAAGCCGCUGGUGUAAGGCCGGAAUAAAAAUGGACUCUAUGAGUGGAUGCAUCAUCCAACCAGACCACCAAUAUCCAUCAAUCAUGCCUCCACAAAAGUUCCUUUUCAGCUAUGGCAUUGUUGCUUGGGUCAUCCUCAUUCGACGAUUUUAAAUUUUAUUUUGAAGAAGUUUUCUUUAUCUGUUGUUACUACAGAAAAAUUUUGAAUUUUGUAAUGCUUGUUCCUCUAAUAAAGCACAUUGUUUUCCA